UUCACGUUUGUGAUAAUACGUUUGCUACCGCUUUUAUCAUGAGGCCUCUCGACUUGGGCGCGGAUGUGACGCUCAUCAGCACAACCAAGUUUGUGGAUGGGCACAACAUGACUGUUGGAGGCGCGCUUGUGACGAAGCGGAAGGAUCUGGACGAAAAGGUGCGUCUCACGCAGAAUAUACUUGGAAAUGCCAUGUCCCCAUUUGUGGCGUAUUUGCAGCUUCAGACUGUUAAAACAAUGUCUUUGCGUGUGGCGAAACAGAGCGAGAAUGCGCAGAAAGUGGCAGAGUUCCUUGAGACUCACCCCGCUGUGGAGAAGGUGAUGUACCCAGGUCUAAAGAGCUUUCCUCAGAAAGCGCUUGCCGACCGUCAGCAUCUUAACAACAAGCACGGUGGCAUGCUAUGGUUUGAGGUGAAGGGGGGUACAGCUGCGGGGCGGAAGCUGAUGGAUACUGUACAGCGUCCCUGGUCACUCUGCGAAAACCUUGGCGCGGCGGAGAGUAUCAUCACGUGUCCAUCAGUCAUGACACAUGCCAACAUGACAAAGGAAGAUCGCCUGAAGGUUGGUAUCACUGAUGGGUUUGUUCGCGUUUCGUGUGGCAUCGAAGAAGCAACGGAUCUAAUUACUGCACUCAAGACCGCCUUGGAUGCUCUUUAG